AUCUUUUGAAAAAUGGAGGAAACUGAAGGCAAUAACCUCAAAAUUUACGAGGAGAAGAUAUACCAACUCCAGAAGGAAGUACAAGAGGCCCUAGAUGCUAAGGACAAGCAGAAUGAAUCGCUUAGGGAAACUAUUAGUACUCAGAAGGAAAAGAUCAAAGGGUGUUUAUCCCAGAUCAAGUCAUUGGAAAAUCUGAAGAAUGCUUAUGAGAAGGAAAUCAGUUCUUCUCGCAAGACAAGGUCCAAACAAGCAGAUUCUAGCCAAAAGAUAGUAUCUCCACUUGACGAAGUCAGAGUUUUGUCUACUGAGAUCGAAAUCAAGAAUGCUAAAAUAAAGAUUCUUGAAGAAGAAAAUAGAGAGCUCAAGGGAAAUGACCGAUCAGGACUAAUCACUCAGCAAAUUACUAAGGUGAAUGAGAAGGUGCAAGGAGUUAAGCAGAAUUAUCAAAAUUUACGUCAGGAGAAUUCUUCUCUAAAAGACCAGAUUCUACGAAGCAAGGUCAAAAUGGAUUCUAUCAUCCUCCAAAAUCAAAAAUUAUUGGAAGAGAAUGAGGAUGCACAGAAGUUGAUCAAUGUCAAUGAGAAGUUACAGGAAGAAAUCAAGCAGAAUGAUAACACAAUGAUCAUCAAAGAAAACCAGAAUUUACUCAACCAAAUAGAAACCCUACAGAGUGAGAAGUUGAACAUGGAAGUGACAAUCAAAGAGAUGCAGCAAAACCAAGAACAAUUUAAGCAAGAAAAGGCUCAAUUAGCUAAAGAUAAAGAGGAAUUUGAGAAAAAUAAGCAAUCUCUCGAAGAUCAAGUUAAAAAUGCACGGGAGGAAUUAUCAGCCAUGAAACAGAAAUUCCAGCAGAGGCUUGCACAGGAAGAAGAGAGAUAUAACGCUCUUCAGAAGAAAUACACAAAAGAGAUUGCUGAAUAUAAGCUAGAGAAGGAGACAGCCCAGUUAGAAAUCCCCAAACUUGAGCCCUUUACAGUGGCUAAUAAAGAUGAUUACCAGCUGAAGUUACUUCUCCUGAAGGAAAAAGAGAAUACAGAAAAGGCAAACACACUUGCAAAAUGCUUAAAGGAUGAACUUGAGCACUCCAUGUUUGAAAAUCAGAGACUGAAAGAUACCCUACAAAAGGAAAGAGAGAAAUUAUAUAACCAGAAUAAGAAAGGAGAUGUAGACAAAGAUCUUAAAUCUGAGACUCCUAAGGCUGCUUCAAGACUUGGAAAGACCAAAACUCUCCGUUUUGAUGAAACAGUUAGUAUCAUUCAGGAAGAAUCCAAGGUAGAUAAGGAAGACACCAAUUUGGUAAAGAAGGAUGCUGGCAGGAAGAAGACUCCAUCUGAGCUUCUGCAGGAGACUCUCAAGAAUAUGGAUGAGGAAUUUGAUCCUGAAGAACUCCCUAUUGAGGAAUAUGCUGAAAGCAUAUGCUCAAAUAAGAGACUCUCAAGGGAUAUCAGAGAGACACUCCAGAUCUUGCUCAAGCGAGAAAAGAAAGAAAUUGAAAUGAUCAAAGAAAAAACAGAGAUCGACACAAGAGCACUUAGACAAGGCAAAGUCAGAGAUGGUGAUGAUGAAAUCAUGGAAGAUGAGAAUGGGGAAAUCAAGUUUUUAGAGGAGAGAGUGGCUAGCUUGACUGAGUUAAAGGAUUUACUUCAAACCCAACUUGAGGAAGAGUACGAAGCGAAUAGAACCCUUAGAAAACAGAAUAAGGAACUUUCAGAUGAACUUAUAGAGCAAAAAGAGAAGCUUAUUGCUAAAAUUGAGGAUGAAGGAAAGUCUUCCUUACUAGCAUCUUUAAAUGUCCAUCUCUCUCAAGCGCUUGAAGCUUUAUUAUCAAGCUGCUAUUCUCAUAUUAGAUCCAGGUCAGACUUGGUUACAUCAUUCUCAAACACAGCAAAAGAGGUUUUGGAUAGCACUCUAGUAACUAAUACUAAAAUGCAGGAAGAUAGGAAAUCAUACCAACAGCACAUAGAAGAGCUUGAGAAAGAAGUUGAUGCAAAGGAAGCUCUCCUGUCUGAAUCUGAUCAAACCAUCCUUAAGGCUCAAUUAAAGAAAGAAAAUUCACAACAAGUACAAGAAAUUAUUCUUCGUGAGAUGCAAUAUUACAAUACAUUCGUGAAGAAGGUAAAAUCCCUUAUCACUGGAGAGGACUUUGAGACCAUCAGUAAUGUUCCUGUUGGUGCACUGGAUAUUGUCUUAGCACAAUUAGAGCAGGUUCUACCAAUACAUGACUCUGGGGAUGAGGAGAUGACUCCUGAAGAGCACACUGCCACUCAAAAGGUUGAGUUUCCAAAAGAAGCUUUCAGCGAAUACAUUGGUAAUUACAACAAGAUUCUUGACAAAAAGAAUCAGUCCAUCAAAGACCUCCAAGGUGAAAUCGAGAAAGCUAAGAUUGAAGGCCAAAAAGAGACCAACCAGAAGUACGAACAAGAGAUUAAAUCUCUGAAGGAAAAGGCUCAAAAAGCAGGCAUGAGUGAAGAAGAAGCCAAGAUGAUGAAGAAACUAAAGACUGAUAACAUCAUACUUUUCAAGAAGAAUAAAACUCUUAAUUCUGUCAUGGAGAGUAAUAAACAACUCACAGAGCAAAAUAAAGGGCUUCAGGAAAAGGUAGAACAAAUUCAGAAGGAAGCUAGUCAGAAACAAAUUGAGAAGAAAGAGCAAGUUGUCUUAGAACCUAACAAACUCAAGACCUUGGAGGCAGACCUUGAGGAGCAGCUUAAACUGAAUGAAGAGCUGAAGCAAGAGCUGAAUAAAAGAAAGGACACUCAUAAAUCAGCUAAUGCUAUGAAGAAUCUUAUCAAAGCUCUUAACUUGAUCAAGAGGUGUAAGAAGAUACUUCAUAUUGUUAGCAGUAAAGAAUCUAAAGAAGUUGCUGUCAAAGAGAAACUAAAUCUUCCUGUAGAAGAGGUCAAGCAAAUUCCUGAGAAGGAGACUACACCUGUAAAUAAAAAGUCGGAGACUCAAGUUGCCGGAAAGACAGAGGUUCAAAUUCUAAAAAAGUCUAUAGCUGGGAUCCCUGAAGAGCUUGCAGCUGAGAUCCCCAAAAAGCUUGUAGCUGAAGUCCCUGAAAAGCUUGCAGCUGAAAUCCCUGAAAAGCCAGAGACUGAGAUUCCAGACAAUGUCAUAGAAGAAGUAGUAGAAAACAUAGUUGAUCAAACUCCAGAGAAAGGUGCUAGCCCACCAGAAGAAGAUUCUAAUAUGCGCCAAGUGAUUAGAUGCAUUCAAACCAGCACUCCUGUUAAGGAAGUGACAAAGCCGACUAACCCUUCUAAGCCAUUGAAGCCAUCAAAGCCAUUACUCAAGAAGAGAGUCUCCAAAGCAUCGUCCAAAGCUUCAGAGGGAAAGUCUAAGCUACAGAAAACAGAGGAAUAAUUACGUUCAAAUCCACAAGAGAAUAAUUAUUCAUUUUG